AUGGAUUGUGGAGCUUUUGAACGCUUGUUCGCGCAGAAGUUGUCCAGCGCUGAUUCGAACAUUCGACGCAGGGCGCUUAAACAUCUGCAGGAAUGGAUUCAAGAACAGUGCAAGAUCGGACACUUCUUAAACAGGAGUAGUUUUGUGAAUCUCUGGCAAGGUUUAUAUUACUGCUUUUGGAUGCAAGACAAGCCGUUGAUGCAAGAAGAGCUUGCUGAUAAAAUUGGUGGUUUGGGAGCGUAUUUCAGUCCAGUCAAACAGCAACUGCUAUUUUAUGACGUUUUCUUCAAACAGAUAGGACUAGAGUGGUAUUCAAUCGAUCGGUGGCGGAUGAACAAGUUUAUGAUGCUUGUUCGUCGCAUCUUCAGGUCAAUGCUUAUUCAGCUAAAGCAGUCGAACUGGAAGAAGAAAGUUAUAUCGAAAGUAUUCAAUAUGAUGAGUAAAACUGUUCUUUCCUCUGAAUCAAUUGGCUAUCCAAGCGGUUUGAAACUGCAUUUUGCAUCCAUAUAUCUGGACGAAUUGGAUUUCGUUGGCGCUGUUCAGUUGCAUAAUGAUCAGACGAUGUUUUUCUUGCUGCCGUAUAUCAACUUGCUCAAAAGCAGCAUCGAGUGA